CGGACUAAGUUUUUUAUGCUGCGGGCAGCAUCUCUGUCACCCCUCCUUUACACUCAUCUCCUCAACCGGGAAUGAAUGAGGGAAGAAACAAUCGGCGCCAAGCAUUUUAGUACUCCUUCGAAACCCUAACUUCACCAUUACCAUCUUCCUCCGACUCGAUGCCGCUUCCCACUCUUCCAUUCGAUAUUGUAGUGGAAAUUCUCUCUAGGCUUCCUGUGAGGUUCCUCAUGCAACUCCAAUGCGUCUGCAAAUCCUGGAAGUCUCUAAUCUCCGAUCCCAAAUUCGCGAAAAAACACCUUCGCCACGCGAGUCAGAGCCUCAUCUUAACCCUCAGGAAACCCUCACGCGAUUUCGUUCUAAUAGCUAACCCUCUCUCCUCCGUUUUCACAGAAGCGCCCACCACAGCCCUACAGCUAGAGUACCCGGUAAAUAAACAAAACCAUCACAUUUUCAUUGUUGGAUCUUGUCACGGCAUCCUUUGUUUCCGUUUUUCAGAUAUGCUUUUUUUGUGGAAUCCUUCAAUUAGAAAAUUUAAGAAAUUGCCCUCUUUGGAUGAGGAAUAUACCACACCACACGGAUUUUUCUUUGGCUAUGAUAAUUUGAGUGACACUUACAAGGUUAUUGUCCUUUGUUGUGAAUCUAUUCUUAGAGAUUUCAAAUUUCAAGUAAAUGUUCUUACUUUGGGAACCACUUCUUGGAGAACACUUCAAGUAAAUGAUAAUUUGAAAAAUAGUCUCAUUAUGGAUAAAUCAGGAAAAUUCGUUAGUGGGGCUAUUAAUUGGUUAACAUAUAGACAUAAACAUUCUUCAUGGGUCAUUCUUUCACUUGACUUGGAGAAGGAGUUUUAUAGAGAGCUACCGCAGCCUGAUUAUGGAGGGGUAAAUGUUGUUGAUUUCAACUUAGAUGUUUUGAGGGAUUGUUUGUGCAUAUUGUCUCAUGCCCAUACUUUUUCAGAUGUGUGGCUUAUGAAGGAGUAUGGAAAUAAAGAUUCUUGGACUAAAUUGUUUCGUCUUCCUCACACCAGAAAUCUUGGUUCUUGCCCUCAUGUUUCGGCAAUUUAUGUUUCUCAUGAUGAUCAAGUGCUAUUUGAUAUUCAGCGAGAAGAGUUGGUUGUUUACAAUUCUAGAGAUGGUACUUUUAAGGAUCCCGGUAUUCAGAACAUGGGUGGCUGGGUGGAUUCAGAAGUCUACCAUGAGAGUUUGAUAUCACCUUGCUUUUAAAUACUAACAUGUAUGUGCGAUGCUAUGUUAUGUCCCUUGUGUAUCAAGAAUCCAUCUACUGGAUUCUUCAACUCCCUCAUUGCAACUUUUAUGUUGAUUUCCAUUUGUGUUAUGUAUUUUAUGUUUACUGGUCCCUUCAUGGUUUAUUGUUUAGUUAUUGGUAGAUGGAAUUUGCAGCAUGAGACAUUGUUGUGUUACGUUUAAUAUAUUUGUUAGUUAGAGUUUUAUUUGUUAGUUCGUUUACAGUGCAUUUCAUUAUAUGGUUAAUGGCUACAAGGCAUUGUUGCCGGGAUGUUUGAAGCAAUGUGAAGUUUCUUUUGUCUCUAGUUAUAGAGUGCUAUUUUAUGCCAAAAGCAAAGAAUCAUUAUUCUAGAAUUUCUGCAUCAUUCCUCUCCACCAUCCCAACGGUAAUAUAUUUACUCUCAUUUUGUCUCACUAAAUUUUUUUUUGUUUUCUUCUAUUUCACAAUAGCUUUCUAUGCAUAGGUUUGAUUUCAUUGUGUAUCGGUGCUUUGGUCCCAAACUUGAACCCUUUUGUGGGAAUUACAAUAUUCAAUAGUUGAAAUUGUAAUUUUAUUCAAAUGAAUAUUGAUCCACUAAAGCACGGACACUUCUAAAACAACCCCGACACCGUUAAUAAUUUGAAAAAAUGAAUAAAUUAAAUGUAAUUGCAAGUGUCGGUGCAGGUGUCUGUCAUCGACACGGACACGCCUGAUUUCAGAGGAGUCGAUGCUUCAUAUUCCACUUUUAUCUCAUGAAAGUAUAGAAAGUAGGAUAUAGGUUCAUGACUUCUGAAAAUUAUGACUAGUACUUGAAUUAGUGGUGGUUGAUUUGAGAAUUUUAGUGAAAUGUCCAAGUCUAAACCAUCUAUAGUUUGUUGUUACAUGGUUGCUCAAAGAUAGAGACAUGUAACUCUGGUUUUUGCUCUCUUUUUUCAUUGUAUUUUCUGGUAUCCUUGGUCUCUUUAUUAGUACCCCACCAACACCAUCCAUCUUUCUUCUCAAUUAGUUUGAUGUUUAGUCUAUUUGAUUUUAGUCGCACCUCUUAAAAUCAAAUAUAUUUCAUUGUGUUAGAUACAAUAUUUAUACAUGUUUCUUAGCUGUGAAGACAAAACUUUUAGAUUUGGAUACCAAUAGACCUUAAACGUCAUGUGCUGAGUUGGGAUCACUGCUUGAAAACGCUUUUUAUUA